AUGGAUGACAAUACGGCCACACUGACUGCUCUUCACCAGCAGCAGCAGCAGCCCCAUAAUCGUUUCUCCAACUCGCUUUUAUGUGUUGGAUCAUUGGAUCAUCAAUCACUUCUUCCCGAACAAACAUUAUCUUCAUCACUUGCACCUCUUUCACAUAAUCCGUAUGCAUUCAACUACUCACUCCCGCUACCACCAUCGGAUCUCGCAAGCAAACUUCCAAAACUAGAGUUAAUCUCUCUCGAUGUGAAACAAGAGCACUCAGAUGAUCAUAAUGACUCCACAAGUCCAGCAGAUUCUUCUGGAAAUGGGAGCACGAGCGGAGGGAAGAUACAGAAACCGAGAAGGCAAAGGACUCAUUUCACCAGUCAUCAGUUGACUGAACUCGAAAACUGGUUCGCCCGUAAUCGUUAUCCUGAUAUGGCUUGCCGAGAAGAAAUUGCAGUUUGGAUCAGUUUAACAGAGCCUCGAGUUCGAGUUUGGUUCAAGAAUCGUCGUGCCAAAUGGAGAAAAAGAGAGCGAAAUUAUGUGAUUGACAAUGGACAAGGAACAUCAAAAGCAUCGGGACAAGGACUUGUUUCAACUCAAAGUUUAGAUCCACUCGGGUCACUUCAGAAUACAUUUCCACCGAAUCUGUUACAAGGGAGUAGUCAGAUUGAUGAAUCUGCUGUCGCAUCUUCUUCAUUCUACGGAUACGGUGGAACAUGGCAACAGAAUCCAUAUUAUUCGAGAAAUAAUCAAUUCAAUUGGCAGAUUAAACCACAGUUUCAAGCGAUUCCCAUUUCUCCAUCAACUGCAACGAAUCGAUUUUCGAAUUCUGUAUCAACUGGAUUAACUCCAUUGCCAGCAGCGCAAGUGGCAUUCUCCUCAUCAUCGAAUGACAAGCUCAAACUAAUGGACGGUCUCUCGAAUUCUCUGUCUACUUCAAUCGGGCAAUCUUAUCAAACUUGCCAGUACAGUGGACCUCUCUAG